GGCGUGCCUGGGCUCGGGAGCUUUCCUGUACCACCACUUGCAGCAGAAGGUGAGGAGUGCCGAAGCCCUUGCCCAGAAAUACAAACAGCAGCAGGAAGCACUGUCUGCCCAGCUCCAAGGUGAGUGAGCGACUGCGUGCGCCUGCUGAGCUUCCUUUGCUCCAGCACAGCCCAGUGAUGAGUGGGGGGCCUUCAUGGAGUGUGUUUCGUCUUUUGGCUCUGAAGAGCUCUAAGACGAUGCUGUCCCCUGUUUCUUCUUCCCCCCCAGCUUUGCAUCCUGGAGUUAAAUGGCCUCGAGGCUGAAUUGCUGCACACAGCAGCAAAGAGAACAGCAUUUUGCUGGAGUGGGGAGUGCAGCAUCACACCCGUUCUGCUUCUCUGUAUAGUCCUCUAACUGUAAAGGAUAACCCUGCAUCAUUCUAAAUGUGGAGCAGGAAAAAUGCAAACAGGACCUGUGUAGGCAGGCUGUGAGACCUGACUGCUCUCUGGAUCCAGAAAGUGAAUGAAGAGGCAAAAGGGGUCCGGCAGUACAUUUUGUCAUCGUAUCGUUUCAUCCGUUUCCUUUGCAAGGAAACAAACCCGUUGUCAUCUUCUCUAGAGACUGGUUUGUGGCUCUUGCCAGUCUGUUUGGGGCUGAUUGGAUGCUUGAAAAAAAAGAAAAAAACAAUCCACAGAAAACAGGGAAGGUGGUGAAUGGGCUGGUGAGCUCGCUUACCAGGUACAGGCUGGUGAGCAGUGAGGGCAGGAAAACCCAAUCCGCUGCUAAGAGCUGCUGGAAAGCAAGCACGGUGUAUAUAGUCCCACUGGUCUGCCUUGCUUACAGAGCUGCCUGCCUGUGGGAGAAUGAUGCUGUAGCCUGCGGAGAUGUUCCAGUAGGGAAGGCUGAGGACGUGUUAUGCUGUUACACUGCUGAACUCCCUUCUGCAGAUCUCCACGCUUGAGGCUUCCUGCCCGUGCCAGAGCCACACUGCCAGCACCUCUUGCUGGGCUUGGGCUCUGGAGAGGGCUUUCCUGAACUCACUGCAGAGGGGCUGGGUAGAAAUCCAUUCUUUGGUAGCCAGUGGUUGUGUGUAGUGCAGGAGGAUGUGUUGUAGAGUGCUCAUGGCACAGCUCCUAUAGGGAUGCAAUGCUGCUGGCAUGUGGUGCCUGUGCCCCGAGGUCAGGGCACUCAUUUAGGGCUUUUUUUAUUGGAGCGAGCAGGAUUAGAUAAUGUCAUUUAAAUCCAGAGCUCUUCCUGGGACUAAAACCAAAUGCAGGGUAUCUGUUAUGGUCUCUGUUCACACACAAAGUGACAUUGUUUCUAUCAGCUGCAUGGCUGGAAAUACCCCAGAUUUACGGCUCAAGAUGCACGGACUCUGGGUUAAACCUUUUCAGGUGGUUUUGUGUGCAGUGUCAUGAUGCACUGGACAUAGGCUUCCUAUGCUCAGGGCUGUGCAUUUCUACCUGUAAAUUCAGGAAGGGAGGUGUGAUGUGUGUGCUGGUGUGGUUUUGGGGUUGGUUUUUUUGAGAGUAUGUUUCCUUGGGACACAGUGUUGUGAAUUGAUCUAGCAAGUGUAUGGGCUUACUGCAGUUAUCUUACAAUUUGCUUCCAUUUCUUCUUACUCUGCCACGAGGCAUUCAGACACCUGCAGCUCCUGAUGUGCUGCACAGCCCCAGCCACUGCAGUCUCCUCCUGCAUCCCAUGUUUGAGAUGCAGACACCAGCAGGGCAGGAGCUGGCCCACAUUCCUUUCUGCUACGUCAGCAUCUCUUGCUUGCCCUGGAGGGAGGCUGGCUCCUUUAGGAGCAAGCUGACAGCAGCAGCCUCAGGGAACCCCACUUCUGUUGGCUGCAGCCAACUGCUGAGACAGGCUCAUAGUAUUUUUCCUCUCAAAAUAUGUUUGAAUAGCAGUGCUGUCGCCUGUUGCUGAGGUUUCUAACCCUCUGCGAGUACUCCGAUUCCUAAAUACAGUUGUUGCCAUGGAUACACUUUGUAUUUUCAGAAGCCACUUGUCCAACAAUUUUAAGAGGCAAAGAUUCUUUUCUUUUUUAUGAUGUGGGAGAGGUGCUUGGCAGUUGUGUAUGAGCACAGAUCCCGACUGGAGCGAUCCUUGCAGAAGGAGCGAGGGGAGCACAAAAAGACAAAGGAAGAUUUUUUAGUGUACAAAUUAGAAGCUCAGGAAGCUCUCAACAAGGAGAAGCAAGACUCUAUGAACAGAUAUGGGGCUCUCAGUUCCCAGCACAAGAUCCUGAAGAACCAGCAUGAAGAUGUCAAGAAGCAGCUGAUUGACCUGCAGCUGCAGCACAAUAGCUUGAAACUUGAACAUCGUAAGACACUGGAGACCCAUAGCCAGAAGUAUGCCCAACUCCAGCAGGAGAAGGAUAGCGAAGUCACAAAUUUGCAAGAUACAGUCUUUAAACUCAGAGAAGAGAGCAAACUUCUUCGCAAGGCCCACCAAGAAGUUCACUCUCAACUACUUAACGCCCAGACCCAGAUGGAAGAGUUCAGACAGCUCAAGGAAGCUCUGCAGAAGAUGCCAAGCUUCAAAGGAGGAGGAGGAGGGAAGGGGCAGCAGCAGCUCCAGGUGCUGAAGGAGCAGCAGCCUCUGGAUCCAGGCAACAGCCAACUGCAGCUCACGAGGCAGAAGGCUUUUCCUGUCAAUCCAGAGAAUCGCCCCGCGGGGAGCUCGCUGGCAUCACACGUCUCUGGGGUUCGGAAGCAGGCAGAUAGUCCUGUGCUGCGGGGCCAGAGCUCCAAUAGCAACGAUGGCCUCAGGUCUCAGGUGAACAUGCUCCUCACCCACCCGGCCCCACUGCAAGAUGCCAAUUCACCACCAGAGGCUCCGCCGGCCUGGCCAGCAGGACGUGGGGACGGUCACAUCAUCCGAUUCACCCGAACUGUGAACAGCCUGCCAAAUGGAAACCCAGACGUGAAUAUGGUGAUGCGCAUUCAGGUGAGCAGCCAUGAGGAAAGCCAAGCUCCUGGAUUGUUACUGUCUGAUCUGAAACAACCUUCUGCUGCUGAGAAAACCCAGAUGCCAGACAACCACCACUCAACAGGGAGCAAACCAGUGCAAAUGCAAAGCUGGAAGGACAUAGUCAGCAAAGUGAAUGCCCAGAUGGAUGAUGCCCAAGUGCACAGUUAUCCCAAGAGCCCUCACCUCAACCCCCGGCCUGGGCAAGAGACUCAGAAGGGCAGCUCACAGCCAUCCAGUCAGAAGAGAGGAGCAGAGAAUCAAAUAGGUGAUCAGGAAGACGAGAAGGAAAGGACAGAUAAUGAAGAGCUUGAAAUGGAUGCAGGAAUGAUUGAGAGGGAGAACUUGCAUUCUCAGAAGGAGUCUGUUGUUCAGGAGCCCAUGAUGCCAGAUGAUGCUGCAGAUCCUGCCCAGGAUCCCAAUAACCAAGGCGAGGAUGAGUUUGAGGAAGCUGAGCUGGAGAGACCUGAUUUUGAAGAGAAGGUGGGAGGUUUGGAGAAGUUCAAAGAACCCGGGGCAAAAGAAGCAUCUAAAGAGAAGCCACUGAAGGAUGCUGGCAGACCUGUCAAGCCCAGGGAGGACCCAAUGGAUGACUAUCAAGAAGAUCAGGAACAAGAAAUUGAGGACCAUGGUGGUGAGGUAGAUGACAAUGAUGACCUCGAACUUGUCCAAGAGCAGAAGAACCAUGCAGGCAUCCAGGGAGCUGAUGGCAAGAAGGACGACUACUACUGAGAGAUGCUGAAGAGGGAUGCACUAGGAAUGAGAGGACAGGAACUCCUCUCGGGAACUGGAUGCUGUACUAUGCACAGCCCAGAACAAGGCAGGAGGAGAUAGCUGCCUUGGCAGGCACUGAGCACGGUGUUUGCAGGUAUGCACAUCUACGUGCGUGGGGCCAUUGCUGCCUCUUUGGUCAGUAGCAUGGAAGUGCCCUCAGACUGUCUGAAUGAUUUUAUAUUGCUGCUUCUAAAAGAAGCACUUGUUGAUUUAUCAAGUUCUUGACCUUCUUGUUUUCCCCAUCCCCUCCCUGGUUAGAGAGUUUGUUUUUCUUUUUUUUGCUGGCUGGGCAGGGGAGGGGUGCAGGACUACAAAAGGAGGGUGUCUGAGCUGGACCCUGGACUUAAUCAACUGAUUGCUAAUACAAAGGAAUCUGUCUUAUAAAA